AUGGAUUAUUUUACCAAAUGGGUAGAAGUUGUUCAUGUACAAAAGACUACAUCUGAAGUGGUUUGUGAUUUCUUAAAAGAAAACAUCCUGGUUCGCUUUGGAGUUCCUCAUGUGGUAGUGACUAAUAAUGUUAUGAAUUUUUCCUCUACAAAAAUCUCUAUGUUUUGUUAUGAUCAUGGAAUUUCUCUUGCCCACUCAUUAGAUUACUAUCUACAAGAUAAUGGUCAGGCGGAGUCCAGCAAUAAGAACUUGAUAAACAUAAUGAAAAAGCUGGUAAGUGAGAAUUCAAAGGACUGGAACAAGAAACUGUAUGAGGCUCUCUGGGCAGAUAGGAUGUCUCCUAAAAGAGAAAUAGGGAUGUCUCCUUUUGAAUUAGUUUAUGGUGUGGGAGUACAGUUAUCUUUGCCUCUAGAACUAGUAGCUUCAAAAUUAUAG